CGAUGAUUACGUACACGCAAGGGGCGGGGACUUUUACGUUCGAACUGCGCGGCGCGAGUGUUGUGCGUGCUAGCUAGGCGUAAACAGGAUUUCAUAGUUAUUCGAACUGCAAUGAAUAAUAUACGUAUUAAUGUAACAAAUACUCAAUAACUUUAAGGGUGGUCUUCAAAAAUGCCUAUUCGUGCCUACUGUACCAUCUGUUCAGAUUUCUUCGAUCACUCCAGAGAUGUGGCUGCCAUCCACUGUGGGCACACCUUCCACUAUGAAUGUCUUCUUCAGUGGUUUCAGACUGCCCCCAACAAGACAUGUCCACAAUGUAGAAAACAGGUUAGCACCAGACACAUUAUCAACAAGUUGUUCUUUGACAUUGGUGGUGAAGGAGAGGGAUCCUCUGCGGAUCCAGAGUGUUUGCAGAACGAGCUCGAUAGAAUGAAAGCUGUUUUAAGUACCAAAGAGAGAGACUGGGGGGACAGACUGAAGAUGGUAGAGGGCUUGAAGGAGACUGUGGACAGGCAGAAGAAAGACUUGGACAUUGUUCGGAAGGAGAUUGGCGAGAAAGAUAUGCUCUGCUCAGUUCUCAGGAAACAGAUGAAAUACCUGGAGAACCAGCAGAGUGAGACUCAGGCUGCUAAGGAGGAGGCCCGACGACUUAGGACCAAAAUGAAAACAUAUGAGAGUCUGGAUGUGGUGUUACAGGGUCAGAGGGCUGAGGUGGAAUCCAUGAUCAGUGACAUGGGUGUUGGCCAGGCUGCCAUGGAGGAGCUCUCCAUCUACUGCAUCUCUCUCAAGAAAGAGUAUGAGAACCUAAAAGGGAGCCUCAGAUAUUCAAAUGAAAUGUCUGAAAAGCUCAAAAGGGAGGUGUUUGCUUCAAACAACAAGUUGCAGAAAGCCACAAUGGAGAUGAACAGGACCAAUGAUGACAUGAAAGCUGUCCAAAAUGACUUGACCAACGCAGACAAAGAGAUCACUAGUCUGAAGAAAAAAGUUGAGAUUCUUCAAAAGACCCUGAGCACACCAACCCGCACUAACGAAGCCUUGAGCCGACUAGUCUUCGAGAGCCCUGCCCCAGUGCAGCUGCAACAGCCCCGUCUCCACCAGCCUGCCAACAGUGAGGACAUUGACCUUAACAUGACCUUUGACGUCACCACACCUGACCUGGUGGAUAAGAGGGCGUCACAGGUCCCAUCCAAAAAGAUGCGUCUGGAUCCAGCCACGUUGUCGUCCUCACCAACCAAACACCGUGACAGCGCCUCGUUUGGAAGCAAGGCCAGAGAGGAGGAGGUGCCAAUGGGUACAUUCUUCCGUAACUCCAUUCUGUUCAGGAAGAAGACCUUUGGCAGCAUGCUGGACCCCCAGAGGAGUAAACUGGGAGCUGUCAGAAGUGGUUAUGAUGGACUUGGAGGGAGAACCAAAUUCUUCCAACCUUCUCCUUUGUCAGAGAUUCGCCCGCUCAUGAUGAAGGCAAAGAGAAAAAAGGUUUCCCGACCAGCUCCUGCCAAGAUCUCCACCUGUCUUACUCUGGACAGUUAUCUGGAGUGACCUAUGACCUGUCCAUCCCUGACUAAUACAGACGUGUCAGAUGCAACUCUGACACUAGGGGCCAGCCGGUCUGGAACAAUCGAGGGAGGCGCAACCUGAAUAGGUUUACCGGUCCAGUAAAAGGACUAUGAUCUACUUUGGUUUGCACUUCUUACUUGAGGGCUUGCUCCAGGCUUUGGGCAUGAAUGGGCACAGCAGAUGGUUUUGUUGUAGAAUAUUUGUUUUGGUGUAUUGAGACUUCUUUUGUUUCAUCAUGAAAUUGUGUAGUAAUCUUCAGUUUCAUCUAAUUGUAAUUAAGUGUGCGGUACAGAGUUAUUCUAGGAACUUUCCUGUAUUAUGAGCAUCUGUGAAAUGUCAGCCAUUUGACUGUUGCACAUUACAAAAAAAGUUAUCUUUCGCACUUGAACAUUUAUUGUUUUACUAACACUGUCUGAAUAUUGUAAUACAGCACGGUAUUGAAUAUUUGUUUCCCACUUCCCCAGAACUUCAUCCUCUUGUCUUUUAGUGCUAUUUAUUUUAGAUACAUACAUACUUUUACUUGUGAUUAUUGUGUAAGAUCUCUUAUGUUUGUGAAAUAAUAAACUAUAGUUUCCUUAA